GGACCCCCGACACCGGUGGGCCCGCCCGGACCCCGGGAAGAGCCCGCGGGACCGUCACCCCGAGGUUUCACUGUCAGUUUCGGGUUAUUCCCGGCGGGAGGGCGGGGCGGGGCGAGCGCGGGCUGACGCGGCGGGACAGGGUCUCACACCCUUCAGCAGAUGUUCGGCUGCGAGCUGGGGCCCGACGGGCGCCUCCUCCGCGCGUACAAGCAGUACGCUUACGAUGGCGCCGACUACAUCGCCCUGAACCCGGACCUGCGCUCCUGGACCGCGGCGGACACGGCGGCUCAGAUCACCCGGCGCAAGUGGGAGGCGGCAGGAGUGGCUGAGUACUGGAGGAGCUACCUGCAGGUGGACUGCGUGGACUCGCUGCGCAGAUACCUGGAGCACGGGAGGGAGACACUGCAGCGCGCAGGUCCCCCAAACACACAGGUGACCCGCCACCACAAUUUUGACCAUAAGGUCACCCUGAGGUGCUCGGCCUGGAACUUCUACCCUGCGGAGAUCACUCUGACCUGGUAUCGAGAUGGGGAGGACCUGACCCAGGACAUGGAGCUGGUAGACACCAGGCCUGGGGGCAAUGGAACCUUCCAGAAGUGGGCAGCUGUGCUGGUGUCUUCUGGAGAGGAGCAGAGAUACACGUGCCAUGUGCAGCAUGAGGGGCUGCUGGAACCCCGAAUCCUGAGAUGGGAGCCCCCUCCUCACUCCUCCACCCCCACCGGGGGCCUCAUUGCUGGCCUGGUUCUCCUUGGAGCUGUGCUCGCUGGGGCUGUGGUGGCUGCAGCUGUGACGUGGAGGAAGAAGCGCUCAGGGGGACAAGGAGGAAGCUACGCUCAGGCUGCAGGCAGCCACAGUGCCCAGGGCUGUGAUUCUUCUCUCCGCCCUGAAGGUGAGACCCUGUGUGGGAGGGGCUGGGGCAGGUUAUCAGAAUUCUUUGAAUGAAGCAUUUUAACAAUGUGGUGGAUUAUUGAGAAUGUCCACACUUACGUGAUUCCCUGACUUUGCUCCUGAUGAUUGUCCUUCACAGUGUGAGGCAGCUGCCCAUGGGAGCUGAGUGAUGCAAGGUUUCUUGUCAUCCCUACAUUGUGACUCAAGAUCUUUUCUCUGGUUUCCUUUACUGCAGAAGGCAUCUGAAUAAGUGUUUGCUCCUAUUGGUUCAUAUGUGAGGUGACUGACUAUCCUCCAGGACCCCCCCAGCCCUGCUCGAGGCCCCUUCUCCAAACCUGUGCUCUCUUCCUGACGACUGUCCUGCUCCUGCAGAAGCGGCCUAGACUGUGUUCACCCCAUCUUUCUGUUUUCCUUAAGAACAAUAACUACUUUCUUCUUGAAAUAAUAAUUCAGUUCUGAAAUUCGUUUUUCUAAGCCACCCUGUGGAUUUGAUGGGCUAAUAGAAAUGAUUCCUAAAGUUUGAUGUGAAAUAAAGGUAGACCUUCCAGAA